AUGAUUCCACUUCGGCAUUGCUUUCUCUUCGGUGUGGCGCUAUACGCGACUACGGUAUUUGGCUACACUGGGAGCAAUCAGUACGGAAAGGAUGCACAGUUAAACCUCCUAUAUCAGUUCAUGAACGGCAAGAGCGGCGGCAGCUGCCCAGAGGGAAGUUUGCCAGUGUGUGCCACGGACGGUCUUCAAUAUCACAUCUUUGCAAAUAAAUGUGAAAUGGAUAGUCAAAAUAUGAAAUCGAUCCUGCUCAACCGGCCAGGACUUAUACUCGCAGACAUGCCGUACUGUGCAUUUGCUCUAAAAGGAUCUCCCAACUAUCCAGCUCAAUUUUAUCCAGCUGCCCAGCCUUCGUAUGGUAACUUCGUACCUGCAGCAUUCGCCUAUUCUGCUAUAAGGGGCAUGAAACCCUCUGCAUAUGCAGAAGGGCCGUUUCAAUCGCCACACCUAGCUUACCAUCCGGGAUCACCCUACUUUUCUGGCGUUGAACUGGAGCCAGCCACACCUCCGUCUACAGCAUCAACGACAACAGAGCCAACAUACACAACGGCUGCCCAAAAUCAGAAUUACCAUAGUCAAUGCCUGGAUCCUACUACACCCAGUGUCCUAAAUCGAAAUUAUGGAACCGGAACCACCACCUCGUAUUCCACAUAUCCAACUGAGUAUUCCACAACACCAAGCACGACUCCAAGCACGACUUCAAGCACAACUCCUAGCACGACUUCAAGCACAACAUCAAGCACAACUCCAAGCACGACUUCAACCACAACUCCAACAACCACAACUCCUGCAGCAAGUCAGCUUAAUCGACUUAGCGCAUUGACAAGUGCACCCCUUGCACUACUAAAUCAGAGUGUUGACACCGGUACCGCACUCACAGAGACUACCACCUCAUAUCCCACAUAUUCAAAUGGGUAUUCCACGGCAUCAACCACAGCUCCAACCACGACUUCAACCACGACUUCAACCACUACGUCAACCACAACUCCAUCAACCACAACGCCUGCAGCACUUCAGCUUAAUCGACUUAGCGUACUGUCAAAUACACCCAGUGUCCUUCUGAAUCAGCUUGACGUCGUCGAAACCGCAACCACAGACCCCACCACCUCGUCUUCCACACAGUCAACUGAGUCUCCCACAACUUCAAGCACGACAGAAGCUUCCGAUCCGGUCGCUGAAUGGAAGCUUCUCAUCAAUUUCGAUAGCUCUCCUGGCACGGGCUUUGUCUCUCAAAAGGCGCCCUGUAAAAAUUUAAAGAUUGGCAUAGCCAUUGGCUCAUAUAAAAACUUAGGGCAGACAUGUUUAACAUCCUAA